UCUCCGAAUCGGAACCCGUCGCUCUUUUCCGCUACUUCUCGUGCCGGUGACGCCGCUUACGUCACAGCCGUGUCAGACGGCGAGGUCCCAGCAAUAACGGCGCUGACGACCAGCGUCACUCCGAUUGUAUCGCAGUCGGUUUGAUUAAGACGAACGACGAGGACUGCUCUGCAAUGGACGGACAUAUUUUCCCCGACCAGGAGCAGCUAUUGCAGUUUCUGCGGAGGCUCAAGGAGGUUUUCGACGUGUGCGACGAGGAUGCUGACGGCUUCAUCCGGGUGGAGCACUUGGUGGACCUCGGUCUUCAGUUCGGACAAGGCGACGAGGUGAAGGCAUUGACCAUGCACCUGGAUCCUAAUGCCCAUGGGAAAAUCAACUUCAAAGACUUCUGCCAUGGAGUUUUUGCUAUCAAAGGUUGUGAGGAGAUACUGAAGAUGACAGUGAGCCCUCGCAGUGCUUCCUCCAACCAGCCGUCUGUCACUGACAAUGGUUACAUUUAUCAGAACGGUGAGGCCAAGCUGCGCACUCCCAUUAUCAUGUGUACCCGGUCCUACCCAGAAUGCAGUGCGUACAGUGAGGGCUCUGGCGCCGAUGGGGAAUGUUAUAUGGACAGCAGCACUGAAAAUGGCAACAGCUCUGACUCUUUGAACCCAACACGAAAAGACAGCCACCUCACUGGCUCAGCGUCUGCGUCCAUCAUCUCGGGGGAGGAGCAGUUUGAGGAUUAUGGCGAGGGAGAGGAUGUGGAUUUCAUUCCCAGCAGCCCUUGCCCUGAAGAAGACAACCGAACAAAUGCGUUCUCAGACCUGGGAUCCUCGCUUCCCUCUAGUGCGGGGCAGACGCCUCAGAAGAUGCGGCAGCUGUAUAACACUGAGCUGCUGGACAUCUACUGUUCUCAGUGCUGUAAGAAAGUGAAUCUACUCAAUGACCUGGAGGCUAGACUUCGAAACCUCAAGGCCAAUAGCCCUAACAGAAAGAUUACCAGCACAGCAUUUGGACGUCAGCUGUUCCAGGCCAACCACAGCGUGUUCGGGUCGAGUCAGGGCAGCAGCACCGAGGAUCUGUUCACAGACAGCAUUGACUCCUGUGACCUCGACAUCACAGAGAAAGUCAGUUAUUUGGAGAAGAAGGUGACAGAGUUGGAAAGCGACAGUCUGGCCAACGGUGACCUCAAGUCUAAACUCAAACACGAAAAUACACAACUUGUCCACAGAGUCCAUGAGCUGGAGGAGCAGGUGAAGGAUGCAGAGGCGCGGGCAGACCAGUGUCUGGAGGAGGAGACCAAGAGGCACAGGGAGGUUUACAGCAAGAUGGAGAGGGACAGAAACUUCGAGAUGGACCUGCUCUGUAACAGGUUACAGCAGUUGGAAGAAGAAAAUGGAGACAUGAAGUUAAAUGUGUGCAGACUCAAGUCUCAGACAGAGAAACUGGACCAGGAGAAGCAGAGGAUGACGGACAAGCUGGAGGACACUAGUCUGAGGCUGAAAGAUGAGAUGGACCUCUACAGGAAGAUACUAGACAAGCUCUGGCACAACCGCCAUGCGUUUCAGAAGGAGAAGGAGUCCAUGCAGGAGCUGAUUGAUGAUCUGCGCAGGGAGCUGGAGUACUUGCAGUUGUUUAAGCUGGAGAUGGAGCAUCCUGGGAAAGGCAAGGCUCUCUCUGAGUAUAACGCCAAGACCAGGGAGAGUGAAAUGGAACAUGAAGUCAAGAGACUGAAACAGGAGAACCAUAAGCUGCUGGAUCAGAACGACGACCUGAACGCUCAGAUCCUCAGUCUGAGUUUGUAUGAGGCUAAGAACCUAUUUGCCUGUCACACCAAGGCCCAGUGCCUGGCAGCCGAGAUUGACAACGCAUCCAGAGACGAGCUGGUAGAUGCUUUGAAGGAGCAGGAGGAGAUCAACCUGCGUCUGAGGCAGUACAUGGACAAAAUCAUUCUGGCCAUUCUCGACCAUAACCCCUCUAUUCUGGAGAUCAAGAGUUAAAUGGCACACACACACACACACACACACACACACACACACACACACACACACACACACACACACACACCUGUUUAUUACUAUAGUUGAGUUGAUCAGCCUUUACCUGUCUACUAGCCUGAUUCCUGCAUUAGCUGAGAUAGCACAGUGAACGAAGGAGGGGAUGGGAGGAGCAGAGUGGUUUGCUUCCGAGUUUUCAUGCCAGCGUUAGCUUGAUUUAACAGAAGUUGAAGUUUAAGCAUAUUAAGCCACAAUAUGCAACCCUGCUUCAGUUGUCAACACCAAUGGUUACAGCAAGUGCAGGUCAAUACUACAGUUCCCAGAAUUUGGGGGGCGACCACCACUUGUUGAGCAGCUACUUUGUCAGAAAUACAACUGAAAGCCAGUUUGGUUUAUCAGUUUACAAUGCAACCUCCGAGUUCAAAUAAGAAGCUGAUUAGGAUGAACAGUAAGCAUUGAGGUUGAGAUCAGUGAAUGGCUUCCUGUGAAUUACUCAGGAAGCCAUGUGUCAAGUCAUGUGACUUUGAAUCCAACACAGUAAUUGUGAAAAAUAAUAAUUACUGUAUAGAGAGGUACUUACAGAAUGUAAAUACUUUAAAUUACUGUUGCUAAAAAAUGUAGACCAUGAAUAUUAUGUGCCAAAUAUUCUUACUACUCACAAAUGAAACUGCUGCCCAAAAAUGUAGUUACAUAUACAUAGGUGUCACACACACACACACACACACACACACACACACACACACACACACACACACACACACACACACACACUAACACGUACUGUAUAUCUUCAUCAACACAGCACUUGUUCUUUCCAUACCACGAAUAUUGUUUAUUCAUUUUGUUUAUAUUUCUGUGCCACCAGUGUUUUGUCACUGUGUAUCUGAAGCCACUGAAACUGCCACUGUUGACUUUAUCUGUAGACACAGUAUGAAUUAUUCUGUUGGAGAUUCAGACUUAAUCAGAAGCCAGAUAUGAGGAGUGCGGGACAGAAACCAAUGAGAGGCACAAAGGAGCAUACCAGAGUUUCACAGGUUUACAACAAACUGUUUGCCAAAGCUGUCCAUAAUGUUGAAGAUUCUUUUUUCUUUCAUCUUCCAGACAGCCAUUCAUAUGGAAUUCAGAGUUCAGUAUUCAUGCCAACAUUGUGAUUGUUAUAUAAUUGUCACAAUCAUGAUUUUGCAUGACAAUGCUGAGUGGAUUUUUCUAAACCAGUCUACCAUUAUAAGUGAAAGUUAACCGCCAUAUUGUAUGGGAAUGAAUGAAAACCAGUGGAAGCAUCAAAAGAGGAAUACUUACAGGUGCAGUAAGUGAUUUUGGAGAAAGCGUGUCUCUCUUUUUGUUUUGUUGAUGAUUUUACUGCUCUGGUCUGGGCUCGAACCCACAGCCUCGGGUAUGGCAGACAGACGAGCUGAGUCCUAGUGUCAUUCGCUACACGUCUUCCAAGGUGUCGACGAGUGAUAUUUACUGUUUACAAACAGAGCCAGGACUGUGCCGAAAAAACUGAUUAUUGGAUUAAAAUCGCUUACUGCCCCUUUAAAAGAAAAGUUCUAUAUUUUGGCGAUUGCACUUUUUUGGAGUAUGGAGUUGGAUUCAAGAUGUGGUGAUUUAAUUCAGCAUUACGGCGCAGCCGGACAGUUAGCCUAAAACCCACCCACACUAAAUGUUCAAUAAUUAACACCUAUAUUGCUUUAUUUGAUCUGUACUGUAUACACAAUACAUAAUGAACUGAAAACAUUUCAUUUCCGUGGAACUAUUUCUCAAUGAACAACAGUUUAUUCGUCUGUCCAGUGCUUGGACUAUUUCUCUGAGAAAUGUGAAACAAAGGAUUUGUAUAAUGGUCAAAAGUAAUGUGAAGUGUUUCAAUACAUGUUGUAAAUGGGUACAACACACAUGAACACAUACUCUUGAGAUCUGCAUUGUCGCUUUGAUCAGCUGACUGAGCCUCUAUAACCCUUUAAUUUGGCUGUCUCAAUACAAUUGAAUGUAUGCUUGAUUAACACAUUAAAUGCUGUAUUUAGUGGGAUGCGAAAUGUUAAUCUCAGUAACUGUCAUCGAGCCUGCGAGGGACAAUUCAGUGCAUCCUUUGACAAGUAUGUUUUCUGAAGACUACUCAUAAUAAAGGUAUUUAAAGGUGCCAUUAGAUAAGUUUACGUGCCAGAUCUUAACCAUGGUUUUCAUGUACUGUAACAAAGGAAAGGUAAUAUUGGAAGAAUGUGAUGAUAAUCACAAAGCGUUGAAUGGCACACCUACAUUUCUCAUACAAAUGCAACAUUUGUUGAUUCGUCUGUGGAUUCGUUGAAUGGAACACCUACAUUUCUCAUACAAAUGCAACAUAAUGUCUAAACAUCAGGAGCUGGAGCUGGAGAGAUGGGAACAAUGACUUUUCAGUUUCAGUUUCUCAGCUUCAGAGGAAAUGACUUGUGUCAUUGUUUUUUGGCCAUCAUACAUCACAUGAAAGGUAUUCUGUGGAGCAUUUAACCACUAGUAGAGUCUCGUAGUUCUGUUGGUAUUCUAAGAGAAGCGAGCACUUUGGCUGGUGCAGUUCAGAUCCUGCAGUUGGUUUUACGCUGUCACUAUCAGUAUUGGUGGUCAUUUGUGAACAAACACAGUAAACAAAGGUAGUGAAGAAUAAAUAAUGUAGACCUUAAUAUAUUUGGUUUUUAAAAAUCACCUUUGCAAAUGUUUUAUGACCAAGAAAAUGCACUCAACAUGUUUUUGUGUUGAAAAAUCAAUACAGGGUGUGUAAAUCAAAUUGUUUCUUUCACUGUAUCGCAGCCUAUUAAAAAACACCGGAAUGUGAGGAAUCAGAUUUUACAAGAAAAAAUGGAAAUAUGUAUUCAACUUUCUUUAGUGAAACCCACCUACUGAAAGUAACUGGGAAACUGAGUUCAUUGUUGGGAGUCAUUGUGAAAUGGCCAAAAACCUGAGUUAUUCUCACUUCUACUGAAUUAAUCUGAAUAUGAUCUCACCCUCGCCUUUUCUCACCCUUGCUGUGAUCUAGAUACAGUAAAAUAGCCAAACACACCAAAACCUCCACGUGUGACGUGAAGAGAGCAAGACAUGAAGCUUGAGCUGCUGCAUUGCACAAACUGAUCACCCGUGAUUGUUUUCACUGUUUAUUGGCUUGUUCUUUUACAUUUUGCUUUUGAGGAAUGAACAAAUAUAAUUUUGUAUAAUUUUUGUCCAUUAUUGCAACUGUAAGUGAGUUUUUUUGAUAUUGACCUUUUUUUUAUUUCGACACAGUAUUUGUGGUGUCACAUGUUGUAAAUGUACAGAAUCUAGUUAGUAUGUAUGUGCGAAUCAUUUGGCUUUUUACAAAGUCUCUUUGAGAGAUUUGACACAAAAUAAGAAAAUAUGUGUUGUAGAUUAUAAUAAUCAUAAUAUAGCACACUUUAAGGUGUCAUAUUCAAGUAUUUACCUGGAAUAAUGAUAUUAAACGUGGUGGAGAAAAAAAACCAAUAGUCUGUCACAGCUCACGUGUUCACUCAGAUUUCUUUUAAUAAUAUACUGCACAUGGAACUAUCGGUGACGAUGUUGUAAAAAACUAAAUGUGUAAAUAAAAUUCAUUUGCUUUGGCAUGAUGAA